UGUCUAGUGAACGCCAUUGUUUUUUUAAAAAAAAUUAAAAAUUAAAAUAAAAUAAUAAGAAAGGACAAAUAAGAAGAAGAGAAAGAAAAAGAAGAAAAGGAUACAACAAACGGCGUUGAUGAAUGCCACUACAGAUCAACCUUACCAAGGAACCCUUGACAAAGAGUUCUUUGACAAUGCCGUAUCCAAAAGCACGCUUGAUGAUUGGCAAUAUGAGAUGAGAAGAGAGAUGCAAGAAAUCCUGCCUGGACUUUAUCUUGGUCCACUUUCAGUUUGUAAAGACACAAUCGGUCUUCAGACGAAUGGAAUCACGCACAUCUUAUGUUUUUUGGAUGCACUCGAAACUAAUCUGUUCAAAAGUACUCAGACAUUGUCCAACUAUUUUCACUUCAAGGCAGUUGAAAUAUCUGACUCCAACACUCAAAACCUCAUUUCCAGCUUUCCAUCCGUGAGCACUGAAAUUAAGAAUGUAUUACAACAUUCGAAUGGCAAGAUUCUCGUGUGUUGCAACGGUGGCAUGUCACGAAGUCCCUGUUUUGUGAUUGCCUAUGUAAUGGAGACAUUUGAGCUGGGGGCUGUUCAAGCCUACAACUUUGUACAGAGUAAACGUCUUUGCAUCAACCCAAAAGAAAAUUUCAAGAGUCAGCUCAAGGAAUAUGAACCAAUCUAUCAAGCAAGAAAUGUGAGGGUUCCAGAAACCCUUGAGGAUUUGGAGAGGCAGCGAAGAAGACGAAGACCAGCACCUGAAGACGAUAUGGAAGGUGUUGGAUCAGAAAACAAACGAUUAACAAGGACAGAUGAUCUUCAAAAUCGCAAUAUGGCCAACGCAGCAUUCACAUCUUCGAAUAUGCCUAUUUGA